GGCUGCCACGCUGACACUCCGCCCUCUCCCUUCUCCUCGGCCUUUCCUCUCUUAUCCGACAUUUUCCCACGACUCUCUCUCUCUAGGGUUAGGGUUAGGUUUUCCACUUCUCUUCGUUUUCUGUUUGUCCCGUGAUUGAAAUCAGAAAUCGAGGUUUUGAGGAGCGAUUCGGAGAGAUUGGAGAUGGGUUCGGAGGCGGCUGCCGCCAUCCCGAGUUCGGUGGUGCAGCAGAGCUUCGCAGAGCUGGAGAAGCAGCGGGAGCUCAUCACCAGCUGCACGCUGCUGUGGAAGGAGCUCUCCGACCACUUCUCCAUCCUCCAGCAGGGGCUCGAGAUAAAGUCGGAGGCCCUUCGGUCCAAGCGCCAGUCCCUCGACGCCUCCACCGGGCACGCCCUCGACUCUCUCCGCCGCCGCGAGCUCUCCAUCGACGCCGCCGUCGACCUUGCCAUCGCCAAGCUCGACGAGCGCCGUGCCGCCGCCGUCGAGGCCCUAUCCGCCACCGCUGCGGGGGGGGACGAGCUUGAUCUCGCCGAAAAGCUGCGUUCUUUGUGCACGAAGAUGGAUUUCAAUGGGUUCUUCGACCUUGUGGUCGCGAAAAGGAAGGAGGUGGAGCUCCUCCGGUUGGAACUCCCGGUGGCUCUGGCCAACUGCAUCGAUCCAGCCAAAUUCGUGAUGGACGCCGUAUCUGGAGUCUUCCCCGUGGAUAAGAGACCGGUGAAGUCGCCGAAUGAUCUCGGGUGGGCCUGCGUGCUGGUCUUGGAAUCACUAGUGCCUGUCCUGGCGGAUCCAGAGCUAGGAACGGUGAGGCCAUUGGCAACUCGAAAUAUAAGGGAGAGAGCCAGGGAGAUGGCGAAGGAGUGGAAGAUGUGGCUGGAGCAGCACGGAGGGAUUGAGAGUGUGAAGCCACCCGAUGCACACACGUUUCUCCAGCAUUUGGUGACUUUUGGGAUCGUAGGGAAGGCCGACAAGGAGUUAUACCAGAGGCUCGUGGUGAACUUUGCAUGGCGGAGGCAGAUGCCAAAGCUGGCUAUUUCAUUGGGCCUUGAGGACAAAAUGGAAGAUGUUAUUGAGGAACUAAUUAGUAAGGGACAUCAGCUGGAUGCAAUAAACUUUGCCUAUGAGGCUGGCCUUCAGGACAAGUUUACUCCUGUUUCACUGCUAAAAUCCUUCCUGAAAGACUCAAAUAAAGCAACUUCAACCUUUGAGGAUCACUACGGUGGUGGGCAAACCACGAAUUACACGUGCCGCAAGGAACAGUCAAUUAUUCGGGCUGCUAUAAAAUGUAUUCAAGAACACAAGCUUGAAGCCGAGUUUCCAUUAGAGAGCCUUCAGAAGCGACUUGAACAAUUGGAGAAGGCCAAGGUGGAGAAGAAAAAACCUUCUGGUGGUGGUCCUGCAGCUCCUGCCAACAAGCGAACACGAGCUAAUAAUGGGGGACCAAUGCCUCCUGCCAAGGCUGGUCGUCUAACAAACAAUGUGCACGUCUCCUCCCCUGCUGCUCCUGCCUUUGUACGGUCACCAUCUGCCCAUACCACAUACCCUGCGGCAGCACCUUAUCCUUAUGAUAGUCCAGCAGGACACGGUGUCUAUGGUAGCAGGAGCCCUCCAGUCAUCAGGGACUCCUAUAGAUAUCCAGCCGAAGUAGGCCCUGUCGCACUUGGUGCGCCAUACCACUCACCACCUAUGAGUUAUCCAGUCUAUGGAAAUUACAAUCCCUUGGGAGGAUACAACAAUGGAGUGGCACCAGGCUAUCAACAGGCUUACUACAGGUAGGGUUGGUAUCAAGACUUCAACAAGUUGACCUGGCUGGAUGACAUAAUCACUAAUAAUUUUGAGCCAUCUGCUUGAUGGCCUAUUUGUAGUGACUAACUGAAUUUGUAGGAUGUGUGCGCUUAUUAGAUGGUUUGCUUUUAGUAACUUGUUUAGAUCAGCUGUAUUCUGCUUUCACCUACUGUAUGUAAAUUAUAUUGGACAAAAAUUUCAAAAUAUUUUAAUCCUUUGUUGUUGAAUAA